AUGACGGUAGAGAUUGAUGAGAACCCAAGACUUGACAUACGAGAGGCAUUUUAUCUCCGUUUCAUCCGAUUAAGUCACAGCAGAUAUUUAGCAGGUGAUUUAGCUGUAAAGACAUUAAUUUUCGUGUCAACAGCUCAACUCCUUCGACCUCAAGAAAAGACAGGCACAUGGGCUUCAAUAUUCCCCAAUGAACAAGUUACAGAGCAGCAGUCUGCUUUGUUUGUGAAGAAGUUGCUGGCAGUGGCAAUUUCCAAUGUGACCUAUCUGAGGGCAAUAUUCCCAGAGCAUGCCUUUGGAGACAGGUGUUUAGAGGAUUUGAACCUGAAGAUACUGAGAGAUGACAGUUCAUGUCCUGGAGCAUGCCAAGUCAUCAAGUGGGUCAAGGGUUGCUUUGAUGCUCUGGACAAGAAAUAUCUAAGAAUGCUUGUGAUAGGGAUCUACCUGGACCCAGAUAACCCAGAGACUGUUAUAGAGUCAUACACCUUCAAGUUUUCCUACUCAGCAGAAGGAGGCAUCGAUAUAUACAGAAACAGCAGAAAAAUUUCCAGUGCAUACACUGCUGCUGAGACCAGAAAGGCAACAAUCCGUCUUUUGCGUACCAUUGUUGUACUGACUCAAACACUAAAAUCACUUCCUGACGAUGUAAUGAUGACUAUGAAACUAGUCUACUAUGAUGAAGUCACCCCUGCAGACUAUGAACCUCCAGGUUUUAAGGCAGCUGAGACUGAUGGAUUUAAAUUUGAUGAAGAGCCAACCAACAUCAAAGUUGGAGAUGUUGCUACUCCAUUCCACACUGUCAAAAUGCGUAUCAAGACUGACAGUAAGCAGUUUGAGAUGAAGGAAGACCCUGCUGAGGAGGAGGAGGAGGUCCAGGAAGUGUCUCAGGAGAUCUCCAACAACGGCCUUGAUAAUGAAGUCAUGGAUGUCAAUGACAAGACAAGGGAGACAAAUCCAGUGAAAAGGCAGUUGCCAGAAGAGGGUGAAAGGCUAGUGGAGGAUGUUCGAGUCCCCGAAAUUAGUCCUGCUAAACCAUCCCCUGCUGUUGACAACAAUUCAGCAGAGGUCAUGCCCCUCACAAGUGAAGUAGCUGCAGAUGAGUACAAAGUCCGAUGCCCAUGCGGAUGCAAUGAGGAUGAUGGGUUGAUGAUCAUGUGUGGUGUGUGCAAGUACUGGCAGCAUGGAGUAUGUUUCAUUAUAACGGAGGAGGAAGAUGCUCCAGAGGAACACAUCUGUGAUGUCUGCACCACAGGAGUGAAAAUAUGUACCGACCCUCAGCUGUCUGACAUGACUUCAAUAGCUGUACAGGCAACUUGUCUGUGGCGUCGAGCACUGCUGGCCUGCACUGACAUGAGUAGGGUGCUUGCUCCUCAUCUCGCUCGGCGACUCGGAAUUGAAAUCACAGUGGCACAGGGUCUCAUGAAUAGACUAGAGAAAGAGAAAUUUAUCAGAAAUCCGGGGAAGGGCAAGAAACUGGGAAAAAUAGUUGACAAGGCGUUGGUGAAGAAGGAAGGGAUUCAAAAGUACUUCCAGAAGAAAAAGACAAGAGGAUCUCAAGAUUUAGACAAAAACAAGACUACUGACGAACCCCACCAUAUUGAAGUAAAUGGGGUUGACAAAAAUAAGGACUCCAAGAAUGAGGUUGAGAUGUUGGUGGAAAAAACUGAGGGAAUGAACCUCUGUGGCAGAAGACUCCGGUCAAAAGAGAGUUCAAAGAGCAAGGAACCUGAAAUUUGCACAAUCACAAAUGUAGUGGAGUCUGACAGAAACAGGGGAAAGAAAAGAGCUUUCUCAAAAGUUGAUGAUUCAAAUGAGUUUGAGGUGUGUAACAGUCAGGACAUAGAGGAUUCCCACUGUGUUCAAGCAAAGAAGAAGAAAGCAAGUGUUGUUGCCAAAGCUAUCAUGGUGUAGCUGCUGCCCACCAUUGGGUUGUUGAUGUGACUCUAUUUGGUGCAAAGUUCAAUGAACAUUAAGUUGUUCGAGAUUUCUAUUCCUAUCCAGUAUUGUGAAUAGAAUCAGCCAUGUUUAAAUGGUAGAAAAGAAACUCAUUUUCAUUAAUGAGUUUGUAUUUCUACGACUUCAUUUUGUGUUUGUCCAACAAGAAAGUAAAAGUAGCCAGAGGUUGUACCAGUGAUCUCAAUAAUUGAUAAUACUGUUUAAUUUAAAAUUAACCAACAGAUCAAGAAGAGACAGAUUAUUGAUGGAGGACACAGUAACAGUCUAGACGUAUUCCAGGCAUUGGCCAGAGAGAGAGAAAGGCUCAAUUUGCAAAAACAUGUUAUUAAUAUCAAAUACAUCUUCUGUAAUAAAUCUUUUACUUUCAGAUGUUACAUUUUCUCGCCAUGAGACUAUUUUCUGGAAAUAACUUAUUAAACUGUAUCAAAUGUUGAGUGUAUUUUCCCAGUUGUCAAAAGUUAUUACUGGCCCUAAGUAAGGACAGUUGAUAUUUGCGCAGAAAUUCUGCUAAGUUACCCCCUUGUUAUCAUGCUUUGAUAAUUGUUAUAGCUGUUUAUAAAAAUAAAUACAUAUU